CGCACCAUAGACACAGCUGACGGCCGAAUAGCUCUCUUUUCUUGCUUGCAGAAACAAUGGCCCCCAAAACCAAAUCCCGCUUAGUAGACCAGCCUCCUUCUGCAUCGUCCUCUGAAGAACAAGAACUGGUGGAGGAAUCCCAGGAAGAAGAACAACAACAAUCGAGGGAGGAAGAAGGAGAAGAAGAAUCAGGGGAAGAAACUGAAGAAGAUGAAGAACCCAAGACAGCCCAUCCAGUUGUGAAGAAACCCAUUUCUCAAAAACUAGUUCAGACACCACAGAAGCCCCAAUUUUCUUCUGAGUCUGGAAGCGAAAAUGGGUCAGGAUCCGAUUCGGAAGCGGAAUCGGGUAAUUCUCUGCCUUCCCCUUCUGCAUCGGACUUCACCGUUAAGCCGAAUGUUGCUGCUAAAGCUGCUACCCCAUCGAAACCAGCAGCAAAGAGACCUCAAGAGGCCCAGAAAGAGAAAGGGAGGAAGAAGCCCAAGAUUGCAGAAGAAGAGGAGAAAAAGUCUGCUGCUACUCCUCGGAGUCUUUGGAGCGAUGACGACCAGCUUGCUCUACUCAAAGGGAUUAUUGAAUACAAGACGGUAAAAGGUAUGGAACCUAGUGCCGACAUGUCUGCUUUUCAUGAAUUCAUCAGGGGAAAGUUGCAGGCUGAAGUUUCCAAGAGUCAAAUUAGUGACAAGGUAAGGAGGUUAAAGAAGAAAUUUUUGACUAAUGUGAAAGAUGGUGAAGAGCCAGUUUUCACAAAGGGUCAGGAUUUUCUGGUUUUUGAGCACUCAAAGAGGAUUUGGGGCGCUCCAGGAACCAGUAAUGGAGGAAUUAAGGAUAAUGUUAACAAUACCUCUAAUGGCAAAGCUAAAAUGACUGUUGAGGUUAAAAAGAGUUCCGAGCCUAAGAAAAGUGCUAAAGUGAGCAAACCAAAGGAUGACGAGAAACAGAAGGAAGAAGAGCAAAAGGUUGCCGUAAAAGAGGUGGUUAAGGAGGAUAUAGUUAAGGGUGAUCAACAGGAUUUCCAGUCCAAAUAUCCACGUUUGGCUGCAUCACUUGAAACUAUGUAUCCGAAUGGUUCAAGUUUGUUGAAGGAGAACAUGAGUUUGAUUGCUACCGACAAGGCUAAAGUGCUGGAGGAGAAGUGGAAGAAACUAGAGGAUGAUGAAGCUGCUUUGAUGGUGAAGCGCUUAGAUUUCAUUGCGGAGCAUUACAGAUUGGUGGUUGAUGCAAUGAGAGGUAACUAG